AUGGAAAAUUCUACGGAGGAAACAGUUGCAAAGCUGACCGAAGCUGCAGUGAAGGGGGAAGCAUCUCUCAAACCAGAAUUUAUCACUAGCAAAGACAAAUUUCAUGAGUUCCUUGACUCUGAGUGGCAAAGCUUCAAAGGAGUUGAGAAAAAGGAAUCCACAGAGGAGCCCGAAAGAAAAAAGGUGAAAUUGGAUGCUGAGGAGCUUGAUAAAGGCACCAAGCCAGACGGCAAACGUCUCAGAGGGCAGAACAAAUCGAGACCACAUAAAAAACCAACGUCCUAUGACGAAAAAAGGCUUUGUGGAUCUGUUAUUCAGGGGAACCGCGAAUGCCCCUACGGUGACAAGUGCCACUUUUACCAUGACGCCGCCGCCUACCUGGCAAGCAAGCCCGCCGACAUCGGCGAACGCUGUCACGUCUACGAGACCUUCGGGAAGUGCACGUACGGCCUCGCUUGUCGCUUCGCCAGGUCGCACACCACAGCUGACUUAAAGAGUGCGGAGAAUGCAGACGUGUUGAAAAGCUAUGAGGGCCGCACACCAGUUAGGAACACCCUGAGUAAAGAGCUGCAGAAUCAACUGAGGAAGCAUUCGGUAGCGUUUAAAAAGUCAGCAGAGUACCUGAAGACGCUAAGCAACAACAAGGAUAAGGAACAGCAGAACAAUGGUAAAAAGGCAGUUUAGUUUAGGCAUAAUAAGCCCGAUUCAGUUUUCCUUUUCCAGGUUAACUCAGAGAAACUUUCUGUCGUGAGGACUGUGGGUGCCUUGACUGACGUCGAUAUCAUCAAGUUGCGAGGAUGUGAGAAAAAGCAGGUGGAUUUCCAAGACAAACUUUACCUCGCCCCACUAACUACUUGUGGCAACCUGCCUUUCCGCCGCGUGUGCAAGCGUUUGGGAGCGGACAUCACCUGUGGCGAGAUGGCCAUGUGCACCAACUUGCUUCAGGGCCAGCAGUCCGAGUGGGCACUUCUCAAGAGGCAUGAGAGCGAAGAUCUCUUCGGAGUCCAGGUGGAAGGUUGCUUCCCUGACACCAUGACGAGAUGCGCCGAGCUGAUCAACAACAACACAGAGGUGGACUUUGUGGACAUCAACUCGGGGUGUCCUAUUGACCUUGUCUAUAAGAAGGGCGGAGGCUGUGGCUUGAUGACGCGUACCCGCAAGUUUGAGCAGAUAGUUCGGGGAAUGAACUAUGUGCUGGACGUCCCUUUAACAGUUAAGAUCCGCACCGGUGUCCAGGAGAAGAACAACAUUGCACAUAAACUCAUUCCAGAGAUGAAGAAUUGGGGCGUCUCUAUGAUCACACUACAUGGCCGCUCCAGGGAGCAACGCUACACCAAGCUCGCCGACUGGGACUAUAUAACUAACUGCUCCAAGUUGGCAAGCCCCAUCCCACUCUUUGGUAAUGGCGAUAUUCUGUCCUAUGAGGAUGCCAUGAGGGCCAAGGAGACUGGUGUUUCUGGGAUUAUGAUCGCAAGAGGUGCCCUGGUGAAGCCGUGGCUCUUCACGGAAAUCAAGGAAAGGCGCCACUGGGAUAUCUCGUCCGCUGAGCGCCUCGACAUUCUACGGGACUUCACCAACUUUGGCUUGGAGCACUGGGGCUCAGACACACGUGGCGUGGAGAAAACACGCACGUUUCUUCUCGAGUGGCUGUCUUUCAUGUGCAGGUAUAUUCCAGUGGGGCUGCUGGAGCGAGUACCAGUGAAGAUCAAUGAGAGGCCCCCUUACUACAUGGGGAGGAACUUCCUGGAGUCGCUGAUGGCAAGUCAAAAUGUCGGAGACUGGAUCAGAAUCAGCGAAAUGCUACUUGGACCUGUCCCCCUAAAUUUCAACUUUUUACCCAAACACAAAGCCAACUCUUAUAAAUGA